AUGGAGAUAAAGAAAAAGGCCCCAACGGCCGUCAAACGAAGAGAGUUGAAUUAUGUCGAACAGAAAGGGAUUUCUUUUCCUGGCUUGGCAUGUUUCGAUAAGAACAAGGUCUACUUUAUAAGCGCCUUCAAUUUUGAAGUUGAAAAAGAAAAAAAACCUAAAAUCUGGUUCGAUAAACUCAUAAAUGAUGAGUAA